CCUCUCUUCGUCGCAGUCCCGGGCGAGCAGCGUUGGGUUUAUGUCUUUAUUUGACGGAAACGAGCUGUUGCGCAGCCAUUGGUACCUGUAUUGGGGAAACAUAGCAUACAAGCAAGAAGCUUCCAGCCUCAGUGGCGAAAAUUUUUUCAUGUCAGAGACCGAGAACUCUUGCAGUCGUUUAUGUCAUCCCUUCUUCUCCAGACAGAAGAUACCAAAAAGUUGCCAUCAAAGAUCUCUUCAUCUUAUUGAUAAGGCCACUAAUAAGCCAAAAUGUCUGUCAACGUCAACCGCAGCGUGUCAGACCAGUUCUAUCGCUACAAGAUGCCCCGUCUGAUUGCCAAGGUUGAGGGCAAAGGAAAUGGAAUCAAGACCGUUAUAGUCAACAUGGUUGACGUGGCAAAGGCGCUUAAUCGGCCUCCAACGUAUCCCACCAAAUAUUUUGGUUGUGAGCUGGGAGCACAGACCCAGUUUGAUGUUAAGAAUGACCGCUACAUUGUCAAUGGAUCUCAUGAGGCGAAUAAGCUGCAAGACAUGUUGGAUGGAUUCAUUAAAAAAUUUGUUCUCUGUCCUGAGUGUGAGAAUCCUGAAACAGAUCUGCAUGUCAAUCCAAAGAAGCAAACAAUAGGUAAUUCUUGUAAAGCCUGUGGCUAUCGAGGCAUGCUUGAUACACAUCAUAAACUCUGCACGUUCAUUCUCAAAAACCCACCUGAGAAUAGUGACAGUGGUACAGGAAAGAAAGAAAAGGAAAAGAAAAAUAGAAAGGGCAAAGACAAAGAAAAUGGUUCUGUGUCCAGCAGUGAGACACCUCCACCACCGCCACCAAAUGAAAUCAGUCCUCCUCCACAUGCUGUGGAAGAAGAGGAGGAUGAUGAUUGGGGUGAGGAUACAACUGAGGAAGCACAAAGACGAAGAAUGGAUGAAAUCAGUGAUCAUGCAAAGGUUUUGACACUCAGUGAUGAUCUGGAAAGGACUGUGGAGGAGCGGGUCAAUAUCCUGUUUGAUUUUGUGAAGAAAAAGAAAGAAGAAGGUAUUAUUGACUCAUCUGACAAAGAAAUUGUUGCUGAAGCAGAGAGACUGGAUGUAAAAGCCAUGGGCCCUCUUGUUUUGACCGAAGUUCUUUUUAACGAGAAAAUAAGAGAACAGAUUAAGAAGUAUAGGCGCCAUUUCUUACGAUUUUGUCAUAACAAUAAGAAAGCUCAGCGGUACCUCCUUCAUGGGCUGGAAUGUGUGGUAGCAAUGCAUCAAGCUCAGCUCAUCUCCAAGAUCCCACAUAUCUUGAAGGAAAUGUACGACGCAGACCUUUUGGAAGAAGAGGUUAUCAUUAGCUGGUCAGAAAAGACCUCUAAGAAAUAUGUCUCAAAAGAACUUGCCAAAGAGAUUCGUGUCAAAGCAGAACCAUUUAUAAAAUGGUUGAAGGAAGCAGAAGAAGAAUCAUCUGGUGGUGAAGAAGACGAUGAAGAUGAGAACAUUGAGGUGGUAUAUUCGAAGACUGCCAGUGUACCGAAGGUUGAAGCUGUGAAGUCAGACAACAAGGACGACGAUAUUGAUAUUGACGCCAUUUAAAGGGGUGGGUGCAGCCCAGCUUAACAGUAAUGCUGCAAAUUGUUCUGCAUCAUCAGCCAGAAGUGCAACAUGUAUAUGCAAAAGCUAACAUGGCUUAGCAUCAUGCUACACUUUCUACUAAAAUUGUAUUGCUGUGAGUGGUCUAUAUUAAGCCCAAUGAGACAUCUAGGGAGUCCAUACACAUUACAAGUGAGCAGAUGUAGUUUGCUUAUUUAUAGCAUGUUUCUUUCUGAAAAAUUAGUGGUGGACACUUUUGGAUCAAUCACAUUUAUACAGUUUAAAAGAAAUAAAGAUUUGAUUUUGGUCAUUCUUCA